UCCGAGUGGGGUGUGCGGAGGGAGACGGGUGUGGUAGCCGUUUCAGUGAGUCAAAAUGAGGGGAAACAAAACAGGAAACACCGCAGCGAGCUGUUUAGAAUAAGCUACCUCAACGAGGGCUCCCGUGAAUACUUUUAUUUUGAAAGCAGACAGCGGAAGUGCUGUCUGAGUACAAGCCAGCUAGUUUUCGCCGUUCUCCAUUUUGAAAAAAAAAGGAAAGGGGCGAAAACCUCCCGUGAUUGACGGUAGGGGCGUGAAGUGUGCUUAAAGCGACCAAGGGACGUUCAUAAACCAAAAUAGUUGUUUUUUAUGUUUUAACUGGGUUGUUUUGUGUCGUUAAAAUGGGAAACUGCCACACCGUUGGACCGAACGAGGCGCUCGUUGUUUCAGGUGGCUGCUGUGGUUCGGAUCAGAAGACAUAUGUUGUGGGGGGUUGGGCGUGGGCCUGGUGGCUCAUCUCUGACAUCCAGAGAAUGUCUCUGGAGGUUAUGACCAUCCUCUGUCGCUGUGAGAAUAUCGAAACCUCGGAAGGUGUUCCCCUGGAUGUGACAGGGGUGGCUCAGGUGAAGGUGAUGACUGAAAAUGAACUGCUGGGUUACGCCUGUGAACAGUUCCUGGGAAAGUCCGUGAUGGAGAUCAAGAGCGUCAUCCUGCAAACCCUCGAGGGUCAUCUGCGUGCCAUUCUUGGUACCCUCACUGUUGAACAGAUCUACCAGGACAGAGACAGAUUUGCCUCUCUAGUGCGAGAAGUGGCUGCUCCUGACGUUGGUCGUAUGGGCAUCGAGAUCCUUAGCUUCACCAUCAAAGAUGUUUAUGAUAAAGUGGAAUACCUGAGCUCACUGGGGAAAACUCAGACAGCUGCCGUACAGAGAGAUGCAGACAUCGGUGUGGCAGAGGCAGAGAGAGAUGCAGGCAUCAGGGAAGCUGAGUGUAAGAAAGAAAUGAUGGAUGUUAAGUUUGUCGCGGACACAAAAAUGGCCGACUCCAAACGAGAGCUGGAAAUGCAGAAAGCUUCCUUCAACCAGGAAGUGAACACAAAGAAAGCAGAGGCUCAGCUGGCGUAUGAGCUGCAGGCGGCUAAAGAGCAGCAGAAGAUCCGCCUGGAGGAGAUUGAAAUUGAGGUGGUCCAGAGGAAGAAGCAGAUCACAAUUGAAGAGAAAGAGAUUGAUCGAACCGAAAAGGAGCUCAUCGCUACUGUGAGGAGACCUGCGGAGGCUGAGGCCUACAAGAUGCAACAGCUGGCUGAGGGACAGAAGAUAAAGAAGGUGUUGACGGCACAGGCAGAAGCUGAGAAGAUCCGCUGUAUUGGUGAGGCUGAGGCAGCUUCUAUUGAAGCUGUGGGCAAAGCAGAGGCUGAGAAGAUGAGACUGAAAGCUGAAGCCUACCAGCAGUAUGGAGAGGCAGCCAAGACUGCUCUGGUGCUGGAGGCUCUACCUAAGAUUGCCAGUAAGGUGGCUGCACCUCUGUCCAAGACCAAUGAGAUUAUCAUCCUGAGCGGCGAAGGGAGCCGCGUGACUGGAGAGGUCAACCGGCUUCUAGCUGAACUCCCUGUCUCUGUCAAAGCCCUCACUGGGGUAGAUCUGACCAAGAUCCCUCUGCUCCAGAAGAUGACCAGCCCACAGUGCCAAGCCGCUGUGUGAUAUAUGAGACAAUCCUGGCUCAGAUGUGUAUCUGCCUCAAGCAUGACAAGGUUUUUCAGUCAGAUAUCUCUCUUGCAACUGCCUUCAACCAGUAACACUUGACACCAACCAAGAGGUUGUGUUUUUUACCAGUUUUCAAUAUGAAAAGAUAUAUUUGCGUUUGUUUGUUUAUUUCAUCCUUAUUAUCCUACAUUAUUAGCAAAGAUGCUGCACUUUUAAUCACUUCUACAUGUUAUCCAAAACAGAGCAGAAAAAACAUCCAGAGAUGUAUUGUAUUCUCCUCCAAAGCAAGGGCAAAUCCCUCCUGGAGUUUGGAGUCAAGCUGUGCAGCUACUGCCUCUUCCUGUCUGUUGUUAGAGACGGGUUUAACUUGUUCUGUUCCAUCUCCUCUCCGUGUAACGAUACAAUGCUGGUGAUGUUUGAAUCACUUGUGUUAUAAUCCUCACUUCGGUUUAUGUUGCCUCUCUUGUUCUGAUGUGCGCUGCCUGUUCAAACCUUCAUGUCUGUCAUACAUGGAUGGAUACAGUAAAACCGGUGUUUAUCCAUCACUUCUGUGACAUGUUUGAACACAUGGGUACCUGCUAAGCAAACAGAAAGCCAUACAUAGCCUGAAAAAAAAACCCCGGGACCUCAGCUGGGGCUGGUUAACCCUUUUCUAUUUCCUCAAGUAGCAUACAUUUAGCUAUCAGGGUCUGAGUCUGAAAUCAUUUUAUUUCUCCUCUCUGUUAGUCUUCCUGUUCCCUCUAUUGAAAUGGUGUAAACAUCAGGAGUAAUGAUGGCCUUCCUCUUCCAUCCAUGAUGACGAAGCAGAAAUUUAAGUUGGAAAACAAACAUAUGAUCAGUUUGGCAACACGUCUGAUGUUAUUCGUGCUUCGUUGCUCCUCGGUUUGGUAGAUCUGAUGUGAAGUGAAGGAGAAGGUUGAGCAGAGCAGCUGGACCAGUUACUGCGAAGCAUGAACCAGUUAACGGCCUGAUUUCUAAAGAAAGGUUUUGUUAUAGUGAGGAAGAAACUAAACAUGAAUUUCUUUGUACUGCUUGUUAUAUUAGACAGUACUGAUUGUGAUUUAAAUGUGCUGGUUUUAAAAUUAUUAUUAGUUCUUCACUAAUUCCUGGUUGAGUGAAAGGGAGGACUGCUUAUGUAGUUGUUACAUGACAGAAAUUGGUGUUGUCCAGGAUACUGUGAAAGACUGGCUUGCUUUUUUUUUAUUAUAAUUUUUUAGUAAACAUGAUGAACCAACUUGUGAGGAAUUUUAUGACCACUUUCCAAAUCUGUGACCAUAAACAUGUACUUACCUUUUCCCUCUGAGUUAUCAUUCUUGCGUCUGUAUUUUCUGUGAAAUAAAACCUUGUUUUGUUUGGUUUUGUCCUGCCUGUAUUUUAAAAAAAGUUCAUGUGUUUUGCACCUGAAUGACCAGAACAAACCCAGGAAUCACAUUAACCUGGUAACUUGUCAUGUCGUUUUCUUUCUUUUCAUUUCUUUCAUUUGACCAGUGGUUUUAGCAUGUGAGUGAGUCAUUCUGACCAGACAGGGAACAUCCCAUACAGGAACAUACAAGAACUUGUAUAACAAAUUACUUCAAUAUAAAUAUAUAUUACAAUCUCACCUAGAUUUGUCAUAAUUUUGAACGUUUGUGCAAAAAACAAGUUUGUUAAUGUACGAACAGAGGAGUAAGAAUCUGUAAUGCUAAUUAAAAAAAUUAGAUUUCCUUGGUGCCUUUUCUUAGAGUAAUGAGCUGACUUCUUUGUGUGCAGGUUGACUGUAUUAAAUACACGCCUUGAAGUAGUGAUGGGAUUUUUGUUAUACGUGCUUUAGCCUAACCUUGUAGAUGCAAUUAACUUGAAUAUAUAGUUAAUUUGUUUUUACAUAAAUAAAUCUAUAUAUUUAAAAAUCUUUUUUUUUUCUGAAACUUUGACCUCAUCAUUUGUUUUGGCCAUUCUAUUUGUGCCAAAGACUGCAAAGCCUAUUGUCUAAUCAGAUGCAACUUCUUGUGACUUGGUGUAGCAUUUGAGAAUAUCACCAAACAUUUUCCACCUAUGCCUUAUCUGUCAUCUGUAUUUGGACUAUGUCUGUCUGUUGUAAUCUGUUCUCCCUGUUCAUGUUUUAUUUAGGAAGUAUUCUGUGGCUUCUCAUGUACCAUUGACUGUAAGGAGAGGUCAUGCAGCAUGGAAAAUUAAGCAUGUGUUCAUGUUAUUCUGCAUUGUGUAUCACCUUCUAAUAAAAAGUUAUAUCACCUUCA